UCGCAGUUCAACCACGACUCUGCGUAAAUAAAGAUGUGUAUUUUUAAUCUAUUACUGCUCUUUGUGGUUCUCCAGCCGACUUUGUCCCAACAUUUCAACUACAUUGAAAUCAGAUACGUUAAAAACAACACGGUUUUUGUAUCGCCGUACGCAGACGACGUCAAUUUCGAAAAAGAAAUCACAGACAUUUGGAUCGACAACCAGACAAUCCCCGUUUUGAAAACCGGAAGUUUCCAAAACUUGCCGAAGCUCAAAGUUAUCAAAAUUCAAGACUGCGGGUUGGACAACAUUGAAGACAACGCGUUUGAGAAUCUCCCAAAAUUGCGAAUACUCAACUUGAGCAAAAACCACCUAAAAGUGGUUAAAAAUCGAACCUUCAGUCACCUCGCCAUAAUCAAACUGUACUUGGCAAUGAACGGAAUUGAGUCGCUUGAGAGCGGAGCUUUUCACAACAUCACAAAUUUGGAAGUGAUUGAUUUAAGUGGGAACAAACUGCGACUGUUGCACACCCACAUGUUCAGAGGCACUCCCUUUUUGCGACAAAUUGAUUUCAGUUUUAAUAAAAUCGAAACAGUGGCGUCCGAGUGUUUUAAAGGCACUUUCAAUGGGGUGGGACAAGGGGAAGAUUCUUUUCUCAAACUGAACGACAAUCAAAUGAAACGUGUAAAAUUGGGACAACUCGAGGGACUUUACAAUAUUAAAGAACUCAAUUUCGGGAAUAAUAUUAUCGAACACGUGGACUUGAACACUUUCAAGAAGUUCAAUUCCAUUGAAAUCCUCAAUCUGGAGAACAACCAACUGCCAUCGUUGCAUGAUUACGUGCUGAGAGACUUGCAAUCAACAAUUGUUUACAUUGACUCAAACCCUCUGACUUGCGAGUUCGUGAAAAAGUUUGCACGCUGGUGUGCCAGUAAUAAGAAGGACAAUACAGUUAAUUCUAGUCAUUUGAAGCAAUGUAAUGUGUGAAAUAAACUUACUGUUUUCCUAUAA